AUGCGUUUCACAGACAUCUUUGCUGUCGGUGUGGUGGCGCCUUUGGUGGCAGCUCACGGUGGAGUCCCAGGAGCACCUAAGAUUUUUGGCCUACCCAGAGACUUGCUCGAUGACUUCAAGGCUCCCGUUGCUGCCCGUACGCUUCGACACCCUGCUAUGCCCAGGGGUGGCCUGUUGGAAACCCGCCAAGGUGGUCAGAACGGACGUUGUGGACCUAGCUUUGGCAAUGCCAAGUGUGCUACAGGGUAUUGCUGCUCUGGUGCCGGAUACUGCGGAACUUCGAAAGAUCACUGCCAGGCUCCCGACUGCUUGAUUGACUUCGGCCCAGCUUGCGAUGCCAACAAAACUCCUGGUGGAGCUAGCACACGCAACGACCCUCGUCCUCAAAAGGGCAAUGUCGCAUACGGAGGUGGCGGUGUCUAUGCCUGCAAGAAGGCUGGAACAGUCGCCAUCACCUACGACGACGGUCCAUACAUUUACACCGACCGCGUCCUCGACCAGUUCGCUGCUGCUGGCUUCAAGGCUACCUUCUUCGUGACUGGUAUCAACCUUGGCAAGGGCGCCAUUGACAGCACAGCGCAAUGGUCCAACGUGAUCAAGCGCAUGGUUGCCGAGGGCCACCAAGUCGCAUCCCACACAUGGUCCCACCAGGAUCUCAGCAUCAUCACUGAUGCGCAACGCUACGACCAGAUGGUCAAGAACGAGAUGGCCAUCCGCAACAUUAUCGGAAAGUACCCUACAUACAUGCGUCCUCCUUACUCGUCUUGCAACACCGCCUGCCAGACUGUAUUGAAGAACUUGGGAUACGUCGUCAGCUACUUCGACUUGGACACGGAUGACUACAACCAGCUCUCCAACAUCCAGGUUGCCAAGGAUAACUUCAAGAGGAUUCUUGACUCCACAGCCGGUGGUCCCACCACGGGCUCCCGUCUUGCUAUUGGCCACGAUAUUCACGAGCAGACUGCUCUCAACCUUACCGGAUACAUGCUUUCAUACCUCAAGUCCAAGGGCUACCGUGGUGUUACCAUGGGUGAGUGCAUGGGCGAGCCUGAGGCGAACUGGUAUCGCACUUCCGGCGAGGGUGGUGGCUCUACCACCCCUCCUCCUACCUCUGGCGGUGGCAGUGGCAGCACCCCUGUUUCCACUGAUGGAUCGUGUGGCUCUGGCAAGGGAACGUGUGCUGGAUCCACUUUCGGCAACUGCUGCUCUCAGUACGGAUGGUGUGGAUCCUCUGCUGACCACUGCAGCGCCGGCUGCAACUCUGCCUUCGGUACUUGCACUGGCGGUGGCUCAACCACCCCUGCGCCAGCUCCUUCCACCCCAGCUAAGAAGGUCUCUACUGAUGGUACUUGCGGAUCUCAGGGAGGUGCUACUUGUGCUGGCUCGACAUUCGGCAACUGCUGCUCGCAGUACGGAUGGUGCGGAUCUACCUCUGGACACUGCGGUUCCGGUUGCCAGAGCGGAUCGGGUACUUGCACUUAG